UUCAAUAGUAGACCUUGAAAAGAACUUUAGCAAAGUCAUCAUAAAUGCUCUUCACGUCUCAUGUACUAUGUUAAGGAAUGGUCACAUUUCUCUCUGCAUUAAAGCUAGUUCAUGUUAAAAGUUGAGGCCGGUAGUAGUUUCAACUUUCAAUUUAAUUCCACCUUUCCUGGCCCACUUCUGUACGGAACACCAAUCAGAAUCUUUAGUUCAUCUUAACACCAAAGCAUCUCCACUUAGACACUUACUAGACUUCACAUAGGAGGAAAAAUAUGGAACUGGUGGUCCUCACACGUACUUACCUUUCUUUUUUUACCUUUGUUCAAGUUUCAUACUCUUUUAUCUGGCUUCCUCACUCUAUUUUGGCCCAAUAGGUUCUCCUCACAGGGAUGGAAACUAACAAAUGGGAAGGGAAGAGAAGCAUUACUGAAGCUGAAAAGGAAGAGGAUGAACAUGGAAGUGUUGAAGAGGAUAGCAAAAGAAAAAGGGUAUUGACUCUCUCUGGUAGGAAGCUAGUUGGUGAAGGGUCGGCACAUCCUUCUUGCCAGGUCGAUCAGUGCACUGCAGAUAUGGCAGAUGCCAAGCCAUACCAUCGCCGCCACAAGGUGUGUGAGUUCCAUUCAAAGUCUCCAAUAGUACUUAUUAGUGGACUCCAGAAGCGAUUCUGUCAGCAAUGUAGCAGGGAGAGACAAAUACUGGUAAGGGAAAGAAUUAACUUUUGCACAUGCAAACAGAGAUUAUCCUUCAGACAAAUUUUUUGUUCCAAAUUCAUCCAUCUGACAACGAGCUGCUUUCAGAUUCCCAAGUAUAGGAGUAUAUCAUUUUCUAAUGAGCAGGGGCAAAACAGAGCUUUUAAUGUGAAUUUUCAAUUGUUCGCAUGAUGAGGUGCAGAUUUCAUCUGUUAGCAGAGUUUGAUGAUGCUAAGAGGAGUUGCCGAAGGCGUUUGGCAGGUCACAAUGAGCGCCGCCGUAAAAUUACAUAUGACUCUCAUGGAGAAAAUUUGGGCUGAAGAAGCAUCAGCAUCAAUGGCAGCCAAAUAACCUACUUUCUGAAGCAACAUAAACAAGAUGUGGGUUAAGCAUGCUCUCUAUCUUCUGUCAAUUCCCGGAUUUCUAAGCAAAUUGUUAUUUGUGACCUUCAAGUAUCUAGCUAAUAGUACUUUCAUUUCCCUUGUGUAAAGGGAAGGACAAAAAGAAUAAGCCGUUGGCACUGUCUGCUAGUAUUCGAAAAAUGAAAUAUUUGUAGUAUGAAUGCAUAUCCAUGUUGACAUUCCAACUCACUUUAUGAGGUUUUUAUUAUUAUUUU